CCUGCGCCGACGCAUCUUGAAUUAUACACGGUACUCAUCACGAAGGAACAACACCCCUUAAUGACUUGAUUGUGUAGUGAAGUGAUUUUUGUGAAAUGCCACGUAAAAGAGUACAUAAAUCGCCUUCGUUUGAUAAGAAAGAUGAUGAUGACGAUGAUUUCUUCUUUGAUGAUACACAGUCAAGUUCUGGGAGAAGUGGCCAGGAACCUCAACACAGGAACGCAGCUAAUGCCAGGGAACGAGCUCGAAUGCGAGUAUUAUCUAAGGCAUUCUGCCGAUUAAAAACAACGUUACCCUGGGUCCCGGCAGACACCAAGCUAUCGAAGCUGGAUACUUUGCGACUAGCUGCGUCGUAUAUAGCUCAUUUACGAGCACUGCUCCACGAACCACGCUCACAGCAUACACCGCCGCAUCCAUUAAGUUUGGCAUGGCCGUUUACAUUUCAAAAUGGCGGCGCGCUCAGCUGCACAAUUUCGCAAAGAUGGAAUCUAAAUAACGAAAACACAAACCGAAGUUCCCAAAGAGAUGUCGGCGAGGAAACUUAUCAACAGGACUUUUCGGAAAAUGAUUAUGAAGAGAGAAAUUACGAUGAAGCGGCAGAACCUUCGUAUUCUAAUACAUAUUGUAAUUAUGGAUAUAAGGAGAAUUAUUAUGAAACGAGAAACGCAUAUUCUUCGGAUGUCAUGCAUAAUAUUUAAAUUGUAUAGAAAAUAUAUAUUCAAAGGACCUAAGCUAAGAUUUCUUAUAGCAACAGAUUUUCAUUACGUAAAUUUAAAGUAAAGAGGAAGGUUUAUAUAUCAAAAAUCUAUGUAGUGUAAAAUAAAAUCUCUUCUAUCUGUGCACAUAGAGUACGAUUCUGAAACUGACUUAUGACUCCCGAAUGUCAAAAACCAAUUCAUUUUUGCCUACAGUUUACCAACGGAAAUCCACUAAGUCUCGUCUAUGAAUCUUACCUUUAGAUCUUUUUAAUAUUACCGUGUUACGCGGUCGGGUUAGUCGAAUAUGUUAAACUUGAAAAAUAUAGGGUGGAAUUGCAAUAAGGAAAAGUGAAAACAGGAAAAAUACAGCGUUUAACGAAAGAAUAACGAUAAUAUUUGCAUUUAUGUAGUUUACGGUGAUCGAUAGAAUGCUAAACUAAAAAUGAUCAUAUGUAAAAUAAAUAAUAUAUGUAUUACUUUG